AUGGAAGAGAUGCUCGACACCCUCCGCGACGAGUGCUGCAUCCCUUACCUUGAUGAUGUGCUUUGCUUUUCCAGGACAUUUGAAGAACAUGUUGAAGUGCUGAAGAAAGUCCUUAAAGCCCUGCAACACCAUGGAGUGAAGCUAAAGCCCGAGAAGUGCGAGUUGUUUCGCAAAGAGGUGCGCUUGGGACCCGUAACAAACUUUGGGGGCUCGUCCGGGAUCUCUCCUCACUCAGUCAACGAGGACAGAUCCAGUGAUAUUAGAACUACGACACAACGACCAGACCGCUACCCCAGCCAAACUUCCCGGUGGGUGUCCAGGAGGGAGAUCAAAGUGGAAAGGAUCUUCGCCUCAAUGUGGAACCGCACGGCACCUGGCACAUUCAGGGACAUGCUCAUGCUCAAAGACGACCUGUCUGUCCCGGAACUUCAGGGCUUCCUUAGGACAUUUGAAGAACAUGUUGAAGUGCUGAAGAAAGUCCUUAAAGCCCUGCAACGCCAUGGAGUGAAGCUAAAGCCCGAGAAGUGCGAGUUGUUUCGCAAAGAGGUGCGGUAUGUCGGCCGUCUCGUGUCCGCAGAUGGAGUCAAGACUGGAGCCUCUGAUGAUGAUCCGAGUCUCGCCGCUGACUGGGCUGACCCGAGUCUCGCCGCUGACUGGGCUGACCCGAGUCUCGCCGCUGACUGGGCUGACCCGAGUCUCGCCGCUGACUGGGCUGACCCGAGUCUCGCCGCUGACUGGGCUGACCCGAGUCUCGCCGCUGACUGGGCUGACCCGAGUCUCGCCGCUGACUGGGCUGACCCGAGUCUCGCCGCUGACUGGGCUGACCCGAGUCUCGCCGCUGACUGGGCUGACCCGAGUCUCGCCGCUGACUGGGCUGACCCGAGUCUCGCCGCUGACUGGGCUGACCUGAGCCUCGCCGCUGACUGGGCUGACCCGAGUCUCGCCGCUGACUGGGCUGACCCGAGUCUCGCCGCUGACUGGGCUGACCCGAGUCUCGCCGCUGACUGGGCUGACCCGAGUCUCGCCGCUGACUGGGCUGACCCGAGUCUCGCCGCUGACUGGGCUGAUCCAAAUCUGAAGAUGGAAACAGAUGAAGAGGAAGGCUCCGCCCUCUCCCCUCCUCUGCGGGUUUCUCUCAAGUCCAACCCAUGGGACCCUCCCAACUUCGCAAAGACAUCGCAACAGAGGCCCUACAGGAGGAGAGACUCAGCGGAGCGGCCCCCUCUCCCGCAAAAGAGAAGCUCCAGAGACGAGGACGGCUCUUCUACGUUUUCUGGACUGAGUCUGGACAGCGACGACCAGGAAGGACCAGAUGAGAGAGCGGAGCCGCAGACCUUCGAUGAUGACCUGGACUUGGUUUUUAAGAUCGCUCUAGAUCAAGCUAAACCGGCUCUGGUCUUCACGGUUGGACUCUGUGUGUGGAAUGUUCUGCUGCAGGAGGUGGAGGAGAGGAUCGUGGGCUGCGUCCACACGGAGCUGAGGCGGCAGCGCAGGGUCCUGGCCGCAGAUUACCCAGAAUGCUCAGCGGAGGAGCGGCGGGUGGAGCGUGAAGCCGUGCUCUCGCUCAGUCUCCACUUCCUCCGCCACAUGGAGCGAGAGGAUGUGGCUCUGCAGCUUCAGACCAGUACCAUCUCCGCUCAUUCCAAAGAGAAACAGUGGACGGACUUUCAGGGGACACUGAAGUCGAAGCUGCGGCAGAGGUUCCUGUCUGUGUUCGAGGGCGUGGCCAAAGCAGGAAGUCCCGCCCUCCUGAACGAGAUCUACACAGAGCUCCACAUUACAGAGGGAGGGGCCACAGACGUCAAUCAGGAACAUGAGGUCAGACAGAUGGAAACCUCCUCCAGAAAACAGAGCAGCUCAGAGACCAUCAUCAGAGACCAGCGCUUCAGUCUGGAGACGCUGAUUCAGCACUUCUUUGGGGAAGACGUGGAGAGAGCAUUCUGUAUCUCUGAAAACCUGCAGAACAGUGCAGUGGUUCUGGUCCUGGACGGUCUGGAUGAGUGCAGACUGACCCUGGACUUCAGCAGAGCUCCAGACCUCAGUGACGUGAGUGUCUCUGCAUCAGUCGACGUGCUGCUGGUGAACCUCAUCAGAGGAACACUGCUGCCCUCUGCCGGCCUCUGGAUCACCACACGACCUGCAGCGGCCAAUCAGAUCCCAGCUCACUGCGUCUCCAUGGUGACAGAGGUGCGCGGGUUCACAGACGAGCAGAAGGAGCUGUACUUCACCAAGAGGUUUGGAGACGAGGCCGUCCUGGAGCACGUCCUGAAGUCCAGUCCUGGGGAGGAGCUGCCGCAGACCCUGACUCAGCUCUACGUCCACUUCCUGGUGGUUCAGAUCAAAGUCAUGAGUGUGAAGUACGAGUGUGGCAGCGAGUCGGACCUGGUGUGGAGUCAGGAGAGGAAGAGGAUGGUGGAGGGACUGGGGAGACUGGCCUUCGAGCAGCUGCAGAAGGGAAACCUCAUUUUCUAUGAGUCUGAUCUGAAAGACAGCGACAUCAACCCCACAGUGGCCUCGGUCUACUCUGGUCUGUUCACCCAGGUCUUCAGAGAGGAGCCAGGACUCUACCAGGACAGAGUGUACUGCUUCGUCCAUCUGAGCGUGCAGGAGUUCAUGGCAGCUCUGUACGUGCACCAGUCCUUCCUCUGCUUCGGCGCCAACCUUCUCCGUCCCAGAUCGAACAGAGGAACCCUCCGCAGACUCACAGAAAAACCCAAACUCAAGCAUCUGCACCAAGCCGCCGUCAACCAGGCCUUAGACAGUCCCAACGGACACCUCGACCUGUUCCUGCGCUUCCUGCUCGGCCUGUCGCUGCCGGCCAAUCAGAAGCUUCUACACGGGCUGCUUCCUGGUCAGAGUUCCACGUCCCACCUGCAGGACACAGCCAACUACAUCAAUAAUAAGAUCCAAGCGAGUGAGUGCGCAGAGCGGAGUCUGAACCUGUUCCACUGCCUGAACGAGCUGCACGAGCGCUCACUGCUGCAGCAGGUGCAGCAGGCGCUGAGCAGCGGAGGCCUGAGCCGCGGCAGAGGUCUGUCUGCGGCUCAGUGGGCCGCUCUGGUCUUCAUCCUGCUCUCCUCAGAAGAACAAGAGCUGGAGGUGUUUGAUCUGAAGAAAUACUGCGGCACAGAAGCGGCGCUGCUGAGGCUGCUGCCGGUGGUGCAGGCCUCACGGAGAGCUCUGUGA